CGUGCAGAACGAAAGAGCCAGAAAAAAAACUGAAAGUCGGUGGCCAGGUGGAGUGGAAGGCGCAGUACCGAGACAAGUUAACGCCAGCUGCCGGGCUCCCGAGGGUUAAGCUCUGAAGAAGUGCUGAGACUGAAUAUAGCUCAUCAUGAACAGCCAGGAAUGCUUUACAUGUGGACGUAGUGGACAUUGGGCACGCGAAUGUCCAAAUGCAGGUGGGCGUAGUCGGAUUAGAGGUCGUGGCAGAGGAAGUUUCACUGCUGCAAGAGAUAUCUGCUAUCGUUGUGGUGAAUCAGGCCACCUUGCAAAGGAUUGUGAGCUCCAGGAAGAUGCUUGCUACAACUGUGGUAAGGGUGGCCAUAUUGCCAAAGAUUGCAAGGAGCCAAAGAAGGAGAGGGAGCAGUGCUGCUAUAACUGUGGCAGGCCUGGACAUCUAGCCCGUGACUGUGAUCAUGCUGAUGAGCAGAAAUGUUAUUCGUGUGGAGAGUUUGGGCACAUUCAGAAGGACUGCACUAAAGUCAAGUGCUAUAGGUGUGGUGAAACUGGUCACGUUGCCAUCAAUUGCAGCAAGGCAAGUGAAGUGAACUGCUACCGCUGUGGUGAAGCUGGACAUCUUGCACGGGAAUGCACGAUCGAGGCCACAGCUUAAAUCUUUCUUUGUCGCCCCUCCUUUUUUCUGAUUGAUGGUUGUAUUAUUUCCUCUGAAUCCUCUUCACUGGCCAACGAUUGGCAGAUAGAGGCUAGUCCCAGGCCAAGUGAGCUUUACUCAAAAUGUAAAAGGAGGAAAGGGGUGGAAAUUGACUUUCUGCAUUUAACUACAAAUGUUUAUGUUUUAGUUUGGUAGAGGUGUUAUGUAUAAUGCUUUGUAAAAGAACCCCCUUUCCAUGCCACUGGUGUAUAGGGAUGAAUGAGUGGGAAGAGAUGAACCCGAUCAGUGACCCUUUGGGUUCUAGAAGUGAUUCUGUGGGAGGAAACCAAACCUGGAAGUGUCUGUGAAAACUUCCGCAUGUGAUUUCUUGAAAUGUUGGCUUUGAAUUGUUUGAUCUUGGGAGCAGUUCAUUACAUAAACCAACAUCUGUAUCGGGGCCCUAUGUCUCGUAAACAGCAAAGUGGGAGUAAACAAUGAGAAACAGAGCAAGCCUGUCCACAGCUGAAAAGUACAGGUUUUUUUUUAAAAAGCAUCAUAGGAGUAACCAACUUAACAGUAGCUGAAACCAGAGUCAGUGUUGGAGAUACAGAUGUUCAAGCAGAAGUUUGAAUAAAUUUUUGAAUGUAGUUUAGAGCUAUAAUACCCAUUAUGAAAUACCACAACAAACACAUAGCAAACAGGAUUGGAACUACACAGCAGUUGAAUGUGUUUUCACAGAAAUCAAGAUGUUAUUUUUGUAUAAUCCAAUUAGACUACUGUAAAGAAUCAUUUGCUUGAAAUCAGUUUUUUUAAGACGGAAGGUAAAAGCAACUGAAGUCUUAGAACUAUAGAAAUGUAAUUUUAAACUAUCAAUAAAGCUGGAGGAGGAAGGGGAAAGUUUGUCUGAGUGAUCUUUGGACAGUAUUCAGCCUACAAUUUACAUAGCUGAUGUGCAUUUCAUUUUCUAGGAAAAGAAUACAAAACUAGUUUUGUAUUUUUAAGAGCACAUACAUUGCACUUCUGAUAAGUCAAAAGUGCUUUUUUUAUUUUUAAUAAUGAGAACUGAGUAACUGCCUUGAGCAGAAGUUCAACUAAGUUUUUUUAGACUAGUUUAAGCUGGAUUUUUUUUUUGGUAUUCCUUAUGACACAUGCAUUUUUACUGCUCCCUCUGAAGAAGGAUUUAGAAAUACUUGAGGGAUAUGGCUUGGCAAUUGCUAACUAAGAUAAAAUUGGGGAAUUUACUGCUCAAUGUUGAGGAUUUUUAAAAUACCCAUGGCAGUAGAGGCUUCGGUAGUUUAAUUGAACAAACCUAAUUAAAGAAUCCGGAAAGGAUGUAUGUGAAGAAAAUUGAACAAAAGUUUCCCUUUCAAGAAAGGAACCAGUAACUUCAGCCUGGAGGCCUUAAAUUUAGAAUUGAAUAUUAAUUCAGCCAAACUCUCAAAUGAUUUUGAAAGGCCUCUUGUGCCUGUUAUUUUCUUUGUUUUAAUCCCAACAGAGACUACAGUGUAGAAAAUUGAAUAGAUUGAGGAAAACAUUGUGUACUCACUAAUUGGCUUCCUACGUGCAAAACUAAGUGUAGCAAAAGAGCAUUAAAAUAUAAAGUACUCAACUAGUUAAAGUAAUAUGGCAAUAUUGAGUAUAAUAUUCAGCUUGACUUGGUUCAUUCUCUUUGUAAAUGUUAGCCUUGUAUCUGCUUUGUAUUCUCAAAAUGUCUGCAUUGCUUGAAGGUUAUUUGCAGUUACAAACCAUUUGUUUCAAGCUUUUUUGUGGUUCUUGUAACAGUGAUCCUUUGAAAUAGCCAUGUUGUGCCAUUUGUGAUGCUUCCUCUGGAAAUGUUUCUGGCAACAGAUGUAGAUUGUGGCAAUGUAAGAACUUCUGUGGUUAGUAGGCUGACUUAGAAAGUUAUAAACUUCUGAUAGGUUUAGGUAAAUGGAUGUGAGUUAGGAUUGGAUACCAGAUGAAUCCAGUGAAAAGGUUUGGAACUUUUUGAAUUACAAGAGGCUCAAAUCAUAUGACUAAUCUGUGCCAAUGAACUGCAGUAUGUGGGGAAAUGUUAAUAACAAAACAUGGUCAACUUGUUUGACCUACUGACAAACCUUCCUCACUUCCCAAAUUGCCUGUACACGUAUUUCUGGAUUUGGGAUAAUUUCUACAAAGCUUUUACAUUUUGACUUUUUAAGCAGCCAUUUACAUUGUUCCUGAAUGUGUAGUUUGAUUUCAAAAAAUUAUUUCCUCUUUAGAUUUUUAAAUUUCCAUAUGUAAUGGACAAUAUGGAUUAUUGUUGGACUAACUUUAAGCAAAUUAAUCACUGCUGUGACUUCUCCCUAGGUCUCUCUGUAGAUGCACGUUGGCUGCAGGCAUGUUGCUUGCUUCAUUUUAGACUGAAAUUGCUUUAAAACCACUUCUGAAUUUGCAUCAAUGCACUUGUACUUUAGGCUUUUGAAGCACAUUCCUGUUUUAGACAUUGUAUGCUGGAGAAAUCUGAUUCUGAUUUUAGUGCUGUUCCUGGCACAAUUUUUAGAUGUACCAACCUGCUGAAACCACAAAAGGAAUAAAGGCAGCAUGUGCUAGAGCAAGUGAUCCCACAACCAACUGAUCAGGACAAAGCUCUUUUGUGAAUAGUUGGCAAUUAAUCCACUGUAACAGGAGCAUCCACAAAUAUUAUUGAGCAGAUCCUCAUUCAUUAAAAUAUUUUAGCUGUGACUUUUUAAGCCAGAAAUCCCGAGUGGAUGAGUCUGCUCAGCCUAAUUUCUUUCUUUUGAUAGUCAGAAGUACUUAAGAAGUAAUUACAAGGAUUUGGCCUCAACAACAUCCUAGCUGUAAUUCCUGAGACUUGUGCUGUAGAACCAGUUGUGCUCUUCUGUCCUGUUAUAACUACAUCACCUCACCAUUUAGCCAAACAGCAGAGAAUUGCUCAAGUAUAGCAUCACAGAAAUAUUCCAAUCUUUCUAAUCUCAAUCCAAAGUAUUGGAAAGUAUCAUUGAGGGUGGGAAAAGCAGCACUGACUGAGUAAUUUUGCUGUGGGUAAUCCAAAAUACCUUGUUAUCCAUAUCAGGUUACACCUUGUCCAUGAGCUGAAUUCCAGAGACCGUUUGAUGUUAAAGCAAUUGUCAAGAAUGGCCAACAAACAUGAGCAAAAUUUUUAAGUUGAUUUGUGGUGUAAGAUAAGGAAAGAUUGUGGACUAAUCAAAUCAGUCCCAAAAUGAUGUUGACCUGACCAACUUGAGCUAAUUUCUUCAGUGACUGAUUUUUGCAAGGGCAGAAAGGGGGAUACUGACAAUGUAAAUGUUCAGCACCAUUCCCAAAUCGUCUCUCUGAAACAGUCUGCCUGAUCACAGGAAGAUCUAAACAACAUUCUGGUUUGGGUAAGUGGCAAGUAACUGACACCUUUUUGUAGUUGCCAUCCCUCACAUUCAGAGCCUGGUUAUCAUUGGCUAGAAAUUUAGCUGAAGGAAUGCUGUAGUUCUGUGGCUAAUCUCCUAACUCCCUAAACCUGGCUAAUAGUUUCCAAGCCACAGGUAGAGUGUGAUGAAUCAUUGGCCUGGAUGUGUAGCUCUAGCUUAUCACUUGCUACAAAGCAGACCCCUGAGCGUACACUUCCUCCACUUAAGGUGCACAAUUGUAGUAGUAUGUCCUAAAUAGAAGCAAUGUACCAAGUUUCUCCACAGCACAUUCCAAACCAGUGACCAUUUGCACUCCAGAAGAAUAAAGGCAGGAAGGAGCCAGUGUACAAUUUGGGAUAUAUUGGUAUUUUGUAAGAAGGAAGGUUUUGAUUUGCAUCCAAUAUUGGGAAUCCUAGAGAUGCUGUGCUCCAUGAGGUUGAGGUAAUUAAUUGAUCUUUCCUGUUUUAAUCUAAAUGCACCAUUUUUCAAUGGUCUGUUUGUUUUUAUGAUAUCUUUAGUCUGCUGACAACUAAACUUUUUAAAGUUGAAUUCCAAGAGAUUUCUUUAUGUUGCUAUCUAGUGAUUUGAUCUUCGGCUGAAAAAAAAAAUGUCUUUGUUAGGUACUGAAUGACUGGGAUAUGAUGCAAUUUAAGACAGUGGUGGAAAGGGUGGUAUUACUACAAGAAUGAGUAGUGCAUGGCUGACUAAUGGUUUUCGAUUACUGCAGAACUACAGUCUAAGAGACUAAAAUUUCCACGUAGACUUUCUUCGCACACAAGCAGCUGUCAGGAACACGUGAACUGCUUUAAACAUGCUAACUGGUCUGCAGAAGAUGCUGGUCAAGAGGAGAUGCCGGUUCUUAAAGGAAUAUGAUACAAUGAGAAUUUUGGACACUAAACAGGAAAUCAAAUUUGAAGGAAAUGAAACUCAUAAUGAACAAUUAUGAACAAUAAGGAUAUUGAAUUAGCAAUACUGAAUCAGGAAAGGGAUGAGCAAAAAUCUGAUGAUACAGAAGCCACAGGACUAGUUAGUCUGACCAACUUCAGAAAGGAAACCACAACCUUGCACAGAUGAAAGAAUGGGAUAAUUACACUUAGUUGGUCUCCUCCGUUCAUUGAAUAAACAGAAUGAGCAAAUGUUACUUUUA